GGGAAUGGGGGCUGAGGCGCUGGGGGCGAGCCCCUGCCACUGGGCCCGGAGCUGCCCUGACACCGCUCUGGGGUAGGCGCAGGGUGGUUGGGGCUGGAGGGGACCCUAAGGACCAUCACCAUCCCACCCUUCCCUUCAGCCUCCCUUCAGGAUUUUACUCCCAGCCCUGCGAACGCCCAGGUUGAAAGGUAUCCGGGCACAGGCUGCUCUCUGCUGUGGAGGAUCCCCUCAAGGUUUGCCCUUUGCACUGCCAUGUCCGAGGAAAUGCCAUCGGAGUGACAUAACCGGAGCGCCAGGGCUAGGCAGCGCUGCUGGUAGGCUCUUCCGUAUUUUUUCAGAGGACCUGCAGUCAGAACAGCUGUGAGAAAGAUUAGGAGCCCUUUUGUUUUCUAAAACCACUUGUUCUGGAGGAAUGUAAGUUGCUUCAGGUGCAUACAAAUACCUGAGCAUAAAGGUGAUUAAAUGUGGUUUGAGAAUGGUUGUUCUCUCAUCACAUGGAAGAUCAAAUGAUGUGUACUCAGUUAUGACAUGCUAAAUCAUCUUCAUAACUAUUCAUAACAAGGGCUAUUUUUUUCUCUUCCUCAGCAGGAGAACAUGAGUUCAGCAGCAAAGAGAAGAGGAAAGCCCAACAGAGGAGGAGGAAGAGGGAGAGGAGGAGGAGGAGGAGGAAAAGGAAGAGGGGGAGGAGGAGGAGGAAGAGGGAGAGGAGGAAGCAGCAGUGGCCGUUCAAACAAGUCUCAGCUUGGCGGAAAUAGGAAGUGUUCAACCAAAAUCUGGGACGAUGGAGAUGAUUUUUGUCUGUUCGAGGAACCAAGGCUGGAAACCAGGUCCUUCGUUAAUUUAUCAAGUGCCUCUGCCAGAAGAGGAGGGCAAACGAAACAGAGACCUGAAGCCAAAAUGCCUCUGCAGACCAUACAUAUGACAACGGAGAAUCAGAGAAGAGUGAAGGAACUUCUUCGGGAGCUUCAAGGGCAGGAUCUGGCUCCUGAAUCAGAAGUAGCUGGUUCUGGAGAAGAUGAUGACGAACCUGAUUACCUUGAUGAUGAACAGUGCUGGUCAACAGAUCAGGAAGUUUCUGACAUAACGCCAAGGUCUUCUGCUGAGGCAGCUGAGCACAAAAUUGUGGAAAGUGAAGUGUCUGCAUUUGCUGUGCACAAACUCUCCAGGUAUGGUUUUGACAGUGAGCGUUGUAGGAUGGUACUGAGAUCCUGCAAUGGUAAUAUUGGGGCGUCUUUGGAGCAUUUGCUGCUGCAGUGCUUUGCCGAGAGAUAUGGAGAGAAGAUGCAGGUUUCUACAGCAGCUGCUCAGGCCAGUCGAGAAGAAUGUUUAGAACAGAGACAAGAAGAGGCGUUUGUCCUCCGGUCAAUCUAUGGAGAAAAAUUUGUAGAAAGAAUUCAAAACAGAGUUUGGACUUUUGGAUUGGAACUGGAAUACCUAACGAACAGGCUCAGCAAAUCUAAACAAAAGGGUGGUUGUACGAGGGACACAGCAAAGCAGACUUCAAAAGAAAUAUGUAAAUUUUAUCUCCAAGGAGGCUGCAAGUUUGGUUCAAAAUGCAGAUUCGGACAUGAAUUCCCUCCAAACCACCCACUGAGAUCAGCCAAGAACUCUGUAGAUGAUUCUCAUCUCAGAACUAACAGUGAUGGUCCCAUAUAUGAACUUGAAGUAAGAUUUCCUGAAGAAAACAAGUAUCCACUGCAGGCACCUCUUGUGGCAUUUUAUUCCACUGAUGAGAAUCUACCUCUCGCCUGUCGAUUGCACAUUGCUGAAUUCCUUUUUGGGAAGGCCUUGAUAGCUGCAGAGUCUCACGAACCUGUGGUGUACGCGUUGGUGACUUGCUUAGAAGAUGAAUCUGAAAUAAGCAAGUUACUUGAAAAUACUUACCACAAAUACAGCACUCCUCCAGUGUCCCUGCUGGCAACGCCUCCAGGAAAGCUACAUGCAGAGAGUACAUCUGCUUCAAACCAAAUGUCAGAAGCCUCAACAGUGACAGAGCCUCAGGAGGAAGAAGAAGUGGCAGAAGAGGAGGAGGAAGACGAGCCUGAACAAGUUGUCGUGGAGAAUGAGAGUUACGUGAACCUCAAGAAAAAGCUUUCCAGAAAGUAUGACGUGCAAGCAAAGUCUCUGUAUAAUGAAAAUGUUAAACUCUGCACGCAGUUUCGGCUGAAAAAGUCUUCUAGACGCUUCCAGUCCAUGUUGCAUGAAAGACAGAAGCUCCCUGCAUGGCAAGAAAGAGAAACCAUUCUUGAUUUCAUGAAGAGCCACCAAGUUCUUGUCGUGAGCGGCAUGACAGGAUGUGGGAAAACCACUCAGAUUCCUCAGUUUAUUUUGGAUGCUUCACUGCAAGGUUCUCCAAACAAAGUUGCAAACAUCAUCUGUACUCAGCCUCGCAGGAUCUCUGCCAUUUCAGUGGCUGAACGUGUAGCCAAAGAAAGAACAGAACGGAUUGGGCUGACUGUCGGAUAUCAGAUCCGCCUAGAAAGCGUAAAGUCCUCAGCUACCAGACUGUUGUACUGCACUACCGGUGUGCUGUUGAGAAGGCUGGAAGGAGAUCUGACACUGCAGGGAAUCACGCAUGUUAUUGUCGAUGAAGUUCAUGAAAGAACAGAAGAAAGUGACUUCUUGCUGCUGGUUUUGAAGGAUAUAAUGGUUCAGAGGCCAGACCUGCGCAUUAUACUAAUGAGUGCCACCUUGAAUGCAGAGCUUUUUUCUCAGUACUUUCACUCCUGUCCAAUUAUUAACAUACCAGGUCGAACGUUUCCUGUGGAUCAGUUUUUUCUGGAAGAUGUGAUUGCAAUGACGAGGUACGUCUUAGAGGACAGCAGUCCCUACAGGCGCAAGGUAAAGCAAGAAAACAAACUGAAUGGAAGACACAGAAGAACAGCAUUUGAAGAAGUAGAGGAGGAUCUGAGACGUGCUGGCCUUCUGGAAGCCACUGACACAGCUGUCAAGGAUUCAGACCCAGACCAAAAAUUAACUCUGAAGCAGCUUCUGACACGAUAUAAAGGGGUUAACAAGACGGUGUUGAAAACAAUGUCUGUCAUGGAUUUGGACAAGGUUAAUCUGGAAUUAAUUGAAGCCUUGCUGGAGUGGAUAGUUGCUGGUAAACAUUCGUACCCCCCAGGUGCUGUCUUGGUAUUUUUGCCUGGUCUAGCAGAAAUCAAGAUGCUUUAUGAGCAACUCCAGUCUAACGCCCUUUUUAAUAACAGGCACAGCAAUAGGUGUGUUGUUUAUCCGCUUCAUUCUUCGCUGUCCAGUGAAGAACAGCAGUCUGUGUUCCUCAGGCCUCCUGCAGGAGUUAUCAAAAUCAUCAUCUCUACAAACAUUGCAGAAACAUCUGUCACCAUUGACGAUGUGGUCUAUGUGAUUGAUUCUGGAAAAAUGAAAGAGAAAAGAUAUGACCCAAGCAAAGGAAUGGAAAGUCUGGAAGACACGUUUGUGUCCAGGGCCAAUGCUCUGCAAAGGAAAGGUCGAGCAGGCCGUGUAGCCUCAGGUGUCUGCUUUCAUCUUUUCAGCAGCCAUCACUAUAACCAUCAGCUCAUAAAAGAGCAGUUACCAGAAAUACAGAGAGUGCCCUUGGAGCAGCUUUGUCUAAGAAUUAAGAUUCUGGAGAUGUUUUCUGCACAGAGUCUUCACUCUGUCUUAUCACGACUAAUUGAGCCCCCUAGAACUGAGUCUUUGCGGGCAUCAAAGCUGCGACUACAAGACUUGGGAGCGCUAACUCCAGACGAAAAGCUCACCCCUUUGGGAUAUCACUUGGCUUCCCUGCCCGUUGAUGUCAGGAUUGGCAAACUCAUGCUGUUUGGCACCAUCUUCCGCUGCCUGGAUCCUGCACUAACUAUAGCUGCCAGUCUGGCGUUCAAGUCACCUUUUGUGUCCCCUUGGGAUAAAAGGGAAGAAGCAAACAAAAAGAAGUUAGAGUUUGCAGUAGGAAACAGCGACUAUCUGGCUCUUCUCCAGGCUUAUAAGGGAUGGCGUUUAAGUACCAAAGAGGGGUCUCAAGCAAGCUACAACUACUGCAGGGAGAACUUCUUAUCAGGAAGAGUUCUUCAGGAAAUUGCCAGUCUGAAAAGGCAGUUCACAGAACUGCUUUCUGACAUUGGGUUUGUGAAGGAGGGAUUAAGAGCCCGGGACAUUGAGAGGAAGUGGUCCCAAGGAGGCGAUGGCGUGUUGGAUGCCACAGGAGAAGAGGCAAAUUCGAAUGCAGAGAACAUCAAGCUGAUCUCAGCUAUGUUGUGUGCUGCGCUGUAUCCCAACGUUGUCCAGGUGAAAAAGCCAGAGGGCAAAUACCAGAAGACCAGUACAGGAGCGGUCAAAAUGCAACCAAAAGCAGAAGAGCUGAAGUUUGUUACCAAAAAUGAUGGUUAUGUUCACAUUCACCCUUCAUCUGUGAAUUAUCAGACUCGGCACUUUGAGAGCCCCUACCUGGUGUAUCACGAGAAGAUCAAGACCAGCCGCGUGUUCAUCCGAGACUGCAGCAUGGUGUCCGUGUACCCGCUGGUCCUGCUCGGAGGCGGGCAGGUUCACAUGCAGCUGCAGAAGGGAGAAUUUGUCAUCUCUCUGGAUGACGGAUGGAUCCGCUUCGUGGCUGCCUCUCACCAGGUCGCCGAGCUGGUGAAAGAGCUACGUUGUGAACUGGACCAGUUGCUGCAGGAUAAAAUCAAGAACCCCAGCAUGGAUUUAUGCAUGUGCCCCCGUGGCUCUCGGAUCAUUGGUAUGAUUGUAAAGCUUGUGACCACACAGUAAUGUGUGCACAGCUCUCUGUGAAAACUCAGUUUGCUACUGCCUGAGACCACACCAAGUAACAUCGGUGUCUUUAUGUAUUUAUUGUCUCAAAACACGGCGCUGAUCUCUGAAAGACCAAGUUGGCAGCCGUGCUAUUGACAGGUGGUUUUUUGUUUUUUGUUUUUUUUUUUUGACUGUUUGCAGAGAGCUUUCUUGUUGAAAAUAACGUUGUUUACAAUCCACACUGGGACAUGGGAAAAGGGUAAAUCUUACAGGAGGAACAGAAACCUCCACUAAGAAAAGCAGAGUGUUUUUCUGCAAAACCAUCCUGGGAAUGUUUUCUGGUCACAAAAAUACCGCUACCUAGCUGCUUCUUGGAAUAAUGAUGUCUGAAAGCAGCUGCUCUUUAAAUCAGUUGAAAUUCACCUCAACAUUUUUGACCAAGACUUCACCGAUGUAGUCAGUCUUGGCUGAGCAGGAAUUGAUUUGCUUCCAGUUUAACCCAAAGCCCUUAAAAUGAGAUACUGUAAAAGUUCAGUUGGAGUAACUUGCUGGAUCAGUGCAGACUGCUGUGGUUGGAAUGUAUUAACUGCAGGAAAAAAGUGGAUGUUUCCCCUGAAAGAGGGGCUCUGGAGCCCCUGAGCUCUGGAAAACAGCUGAGAUGGACUGCUGCAGCCCAUUAAAAAUGGCUCCUUGG